AUGAUUUAUUUCCCCCAUUUUCCGACCCUACUAUUCACUAUCUUCAUCUGUUCAUUGUUAUCAGUAGUUAAAUCAAAUGAAACACCAGAAUUCUCCAUUUAUGAAGUGCUUAAGCUUCAUGGGCUGCCAAUGGGCUUGCUUCCGAAAGGCGUAAAGGACUUCACCUUGGACAAUUCAGGGACCUUCGAGGUUCAUCUGGAUCAAGCCUGCACUGCCAAGUUUGAAAAUGAAAUGCACUAUCAUAGAAACGUUUCGGGCACCUUACGUUACGGGCAGAUCGACGGGCUGUCUGGGAUUUCUGCUCAGGAUUUGUUCUUGUGGUUUCCGGUGAAGGAAAUCCGGGUCGAUAUUCCAAGUUCCGGUUUGAUUUACUUUGAUGUGGGUGUGGUUUCUAAGCAGUUUUCUUUGUCUUCAUUUGAGACUCCAAGGGAUUGUUUGGCUGUUCAUGUCCCGGAUCUUGAAGAUGGAAGACAUAUAGUGGAGUCUGUUUCUAAGAUUAAAUCGGAGAAGCUCCGGUAUCAGCCUAUUCAAGACAAUACUGCAAGGACAGCAUUGUAG